AUGGUGGACCUAAGGAACGGGAGCACAGUGACAGAGUUUAUCAUUGUGGGCUUUGAGCAGAGCUCCCAUUCCACUCAGGCAUUGCUCUUUGCUGUCUUCCUAGCCCUCUACAGCCUUGCCAUGGCCAUGAAUGGCCUCAUCAUCUUCAUCACCUGGACAGACCCCAGGCUCAACAGCCCCAUGUACUUCUUCCUUGGCCUCCUUUCCUUCCUGGAUGUCUGCUUCAUCACCACCACCAUCCCACAGAUGCUGAUCCACCUGGUGGUCCAGAACCACGCUCUCUCCUUUGCCUCCUGCUUGACCCAGAUGUAUCUGGUUUUUGGCGUGGGUGUGGCCGAGUGUAUCCUCUUGGCUUUUAUGGCCUAUGACCGUUAUGUUGCUAUCUGCCACCCUCUUAGCUAUGCCCAGAUCAUGAGCUGGCAUGUCCGUAUGGGACUGGUGAGUACUGCCUGGUUCUUUGGGCUGAUCAAUGGCAUCCUGCUUGAUUACAUGACAUUUCGUGGUCCAUUCUGUAGAGACAACCACAUAGAAAACUUCUUCUGUGAGGCCCCCAUCGUGAUCACUCUCUCUUGUGGAGACCCCCAGUUUAGUCUGAGAGUGAUCUUUGCUGAUGCUAUUGUGGUGCUGCUCAGUCCCAUGGUGCUCAUUGUCAUCUCCUAUGCCCGCAUCCUGGCCUCCAUCCUUGGCAGAACCUCCUCCUCAGGUCGGGGAAAGACCUUCUCUACUUGCGCCUCCCAUCUGACUGUGGUCGUCUUUUUCUACACCUCAGCCAUGUUCUCGUACAUGAACCCCCGCAGCACGCAUGGCCCUGACAAAGACAAGCCUUUCUCCCUCCUCUACACCGUCAUCACCCCCAUGUGCAACCCCAUCAUCUACAGUUUUCGAAACAAGGAAAUGAAGGGGGCCAUGGUGAGGGCCCUUGGGAGGACCAGCCUUGCUCAGGCAGAGUCCAUCUAG